GACCACGGAGUGGAUCUUCAAGCCGAGCGACGGCAGGCCCAUCGAGAUCCUGUCGCAGCCCGACUUCGAGUCGGACCUCUCGGGCACCAUGCUGGAGCCGGGCGACAGGCUGAAGAUAUCCGAAGUGCUGGAACACGACGGCGACAUCCUCUUCCUGAAGCUUGCGGACGGCCGGGGGUGGUGCGUGGACCGCGAAAUCGGCCACGAGAUGUGCUACGAACUCGAUCAGGAGGUGGACGAGCUGUGGAAGUACUCGCCGGCCAACGGGAAGCCCAUAGUCCUCCGCGACGGGCCCCACAUCGACGGGCCGAAGACAGGCAACAAGCUGAACCCCGAGGAGAAGUUCAAGGUGUGCGAGAUAAAGGCCGGCCAGCACAACGUCCUCUUCCUGAAGGUCGCGGGCGACAGGGGGUGGGUGUUCGACGAGAAGCCCGACCAGCACGGCGAGACGCCAGACGGGAUCAUGUGCAAGAGGAUACUGGACGAGCUGUGGACGUAUGAGCCGGAAAACGGGAAGCCCAUCUCGAUCCGCAAGGGUCCCGAACUCAACGGAGCGAAGACAAGCUUCCUCAUGUAUCCGAACGAGAUGUUCAGAGUUGAAGAGGUGGAGGCGGGCGAGGGCGACGACGUGGGCGUCCUGUUCCUGAAGCUCGCGGACGGCCGAGGGUGGCUGCUCGACCGGCACCCCGAGCAGGGCCAGCUGUGCCGCAGGGCCACCCUGGAGCCCGGGUCCGUGGUCACCACGAAGGAUUCCGAGGGGAACAGGAUCCGCCUGCAGACCGUGGAGGAGUUCAAGGUCGGCGCCAAGGUGCAGAUCCAAAGCGGCAAGGCCGACGGGGGGGGGGGUCGGCGGAGAUCGUGGCGAACCAGAACGAGCUCGUCCUGAAGCAGAAGCUGAAGCACAAGCACCCCGUUGGCGCCAGCGUCAAACUGCAGUGACAUCCCGGCUGCAUCUUGGCCUCCAGGUCGACCCAUCGAAGAUCGGGGAGUUCAAGGUUCCGACCUGAUCAUCUGCUCUGCUGUUGUCCUCUCUCGCAUCCCGUUGAAGGCGGGGAUGUGAUCUCAGGAGGAGCGUUCGAGUUAGGAUUGCAUGGCCGGUGUCGUGUCUCACCCUCCUCCAAAGCGUCCAGUGCAGGACUGACGCUAGCUCUUUCUCCGCUCAUCCACAGGCAUCCGACCUGCGUAGGUGCAUGGAUAUGACCAGGCGGGUUAUGUCAGCUUCGUAUUUUUUGUUUCUGUUAGGUUCACGUCGUUUAGUUGUUUGUCAAAGCAGAUAUUGUAGAGCUGCUUGUACCCUGCGAGCGACUACUGAAGACCAGGG